AUGCCCGAAAAAACGCUGUCCAUCUACGUCGUAGGCCCCUCGUCUACAGGAAAGACGACACUUUGCAAUGCCUUGGCCCAGCGUCUAGGGCUUCAAAAGCCUGCCUAUGUUACUGAAAUUGCUCGCAAGGUCAUGCGUGACAAAGGUUACUCGCGCGACACCAUCGGUUCAUUGCAAAUGCAACAGGACAUCAUGGAGGCAUAUUUUGAGCAAGAAAAGAUGUUGGAUGAGCUUGGAUGUUGUGUUCGUCUGUUCGACAGAUCGGCGCUUGAUCCUGUUGUUUAUGCUAUCCUCACCUCUACUGACGCCGACGACAGACGGGCAAGGAAGGAAUUUCUCCUGAACAGCGACAAAUUCCGCAAGGUUUUGGCUAGAUAUCGCUCCGACACGUCUCUCGUCAUCUUACUGAAGCCAGUAUCAGAAUGGAUACACGAUGAUGGUGUCCGGAGCUUGGAAAACCAGCAAGAAUGUGGGGAGAUCUUUGAGGCAUUGUUGCACGAGUUGAAUAUCAAAUAUCGGGUGUUUGGAAAAGGAGUCAAGUACCUGGAAGAACGCGUUACAGUAGUUAUGGGGUUGGCAAAGCUUUAG